GCCGCUGCUCGUCCUCUCCGACCGGCGACCGCUCCUCUCCGGCCGCUGCUCAUCCUCUCAUCAGAAAAUGGAAGAACAAUCCAUUAAUUCAAAUAGUGAAACUGUUCAGUCUCAAAUACCAAAUGAUGGGGCAGCCGGCGUGGUUGAAGGCUUUGUUGACCUUGAACGAGAUAACAAUACCACCGAGGUUUCGAAAGAAAAUGAAGCAGAUCCAAUUAGUGGUGUUACUAUAAAAACAAGUAAGAAAGUCACUUCUGAAGCUUGGGACCACUUUGAUAAGAUUGUGGAGAAGGGUGUUACAAAGGCGAAGUGCAAAUAUUGCAAAGCUGUUUUGUCAUACAAAGUUUCCACGGGAACUUCUCAUCUUCUUAAGCAUGCAAAGAAAGUGUGUUCGGGAAAGCACUUGCGAGUUGGAGUUGGUCAAACACAAUUGAAGAUUAAAACUGAAGCUGAUGGGUGCACUAUCUUGGAAUUGAAGGAAAAGGAAAAGCCUGCCAACUUUGAUCAAGAUGUUUCAAGGAAGGAGUUGAUUAGUAUGAUAGUGAUACAUGAGUAUCCUUUGUCAAUGGUGGACCACAUUGGAUUCUUGAAUGAUUGUUGA